AGUCGAGUUCAUCAGAUAGUCAAGCUCUAGUUUCUGAAACUGAUUCUCAAUCGACCAUUAUAUCAGAAUUGAAUCAUGAUGUGGAAAGUUCUAAAAUUAAUUCAUUUUAUUUUGAAGAAACACGGCAGGACAAUAGUGAUGUGACUAGUAAUGCAGAUGAAGAAACAAAUAGUAAUGCGGAACAAGUAAAUGGUGCUGCUUAUAACAAAGUAGUUAGUAAUGCUGAUGAAGAAGUAAACAGU